CCAGAACCUCAAAAGAGACGCAUCAUUUUCAUCACAAUGGCGUCCUCAACUUUUCUCAUCAUGAUCUUCGCGGCUGUGGCAUUGAUGUCCGGCGAUAGAGUUCAAGCAGCCGUGGACUGCUCGUCGUUGAUACUAAACAUGGCUGAUUGCUUGUCCUUUGUGACGAGUGGUAGUACGGUGGAGAAGCCGGAAGGGACAUGCUGCUCAGGGCUCAAGACUGUGGUUAGGUCAGGACCUGAGUGUCUAUGUGAGGCUUUCAAGAACAGUGCUUCUCUUGGUGUUACUCUUGAUCUCUCCAAAGCUGCUACUCUUCCCACUGUUUGUAAAGUUGCUGCUCCUCCUUCUGCUCGUUGUGGCCUUUCUGUCUCUGGAUCUCCUCCUGCUUCUGCCCCUGGUUUAUCUCCCACGGCCACAGCAGGUGCGCCGGAGUUGUCUAGUGGAGCAAAUGCGGUAACUCCAGUUCCGUCCCCGAGGGGUUCGGAUGCGUCCUUGCUCAGUGUUUCUGUCGUAUCUGUCAUCUUCAUGGCACUCAUCUCUUCCUGCUAUUGAGCCUUAUAAUUUAAUUGCGAUUGUUGAGUUCAUUUUAUUUAGUUUGGUGAUCAUACUUACCUUUCUUUGUUUUUUUUUUUGAAAAAGUCACAUUCACCUUUCAUGUGUCAAUUUUAUUGAGAUAUCUCUCUUAUUUUUAGCUAUUUAAUAUUAAUUUACAUUUUGAAUUGGAAAAAAUCAUUUAUAUAUAGUCUUCACCU